CUCCCACAGCUUCGCUGUAAUUGCGUACGCGCAAGAGCGCGGCGGAGGACGGCAGCACCGAGUCGGCACAGCUUGAAGCUAUAGCUCCGCGAGAGAGCAACUCGCCCAGAUGCUUCACUUUCCUGACAAAGCCAGAAAUGGAGAACAAGUUAUAAGGGCAUAAGAUUUUGCACAAGCAUUUCAGAAACAGAACAUGGGAGACAAGCCAAAGAUUCACAUCUUUCUCGGUGCUCCUGUCAUUUCUGAAGGGGCAUUAGUGACAGAGAAAAUCGGGGGAGACUUUUUGGAAAACUGGAACACAAUUAAUCUUUCCUGUCACAAAGGGAAGCUUUGCCUACCAGCUGGAGACUCCACUAAUGUUGAGUUAGUGGACAGAUCUCAGCACACAACUGAAAGGGAUCAUUUAAAACAGGUUAAUAUCGAGUAUUGCCCCAACCUAUCCCCAGUAAGCAAACAAAGUAAAAGGACAGUUCAAUCCAAUGAAGAAAAGGGCAUAGUAAGUGACCCACACACCCAUGACCAGUCAGAUUCAAGAAGCAAAUGUUCUCUGGUUUGUAAGAAACAGUCUGAUCAUUCAGUAGAAAAUGAAUAUCUGGAUACCUGCUUCCCAAGAGAAGGAACCAGGGCACAAGUGGAUAGGAACGCCUGCAAUCCAGGGCUAAGUGUAAAUUCAGAAUUCCUGAGUGUGUGGGCAUCGAGUCAAGCUAUUUUUCUGAAGAGACAACCCAAUUCACAGCUGGAAAUAGACAAAAAUUCAGGAGACAUCAUCUACCAGUGCCAGGUGCCAGAUGUGGCUGUUGCUGUAAGUGAAGAGAGUUCCCCUGAGCUCUAUAGCCCCCAACCUAGUCAAGACUUGAAUCAAGCUGGUAACCAUAUUGCAACUAGGGAUAUUGCUUAUGUGAAAGAUAACUGCCAAAAUACAGAAUGUACUGAUUAUUUCAGCAAAGGACAGGAAGAAGGUGGUUUGGUUAUAGAAGCAAGCCUUGGAGGACUUCUGUGUUCUCAAAGUGACAGUUUCGUAGAUGCAAAACAACCUUCCUCAACAUCAAAACCACCAGCGCUACCACUACGCAAAAAGUUCAAAAGAUCUCCAACUUCUGAAAGGACUGUGAAGAGAAUAAAGCAACCUCCUUCUGUGACUGUGAUGCCACUUAAAAAAUGUGUAAACAAAGGAGUGCCCUAUCACAUUUUUGGCAUGGUGUUGAGUCCUUGUCAUUUGAAGGAAGUAAAAGCAAAAUCUAGACUGGCUAGUGGCUCAGCUAUUCCUUUAGCUGGCAUUGUGGUAACUGACCCAUCAGGAGCUGAAAUGAAAGUGUUGCUGUGGAGGGUAUCUGCCUUUUGGGCACUGACCGUGUAUCCUGGUGAUGCUGUACUCAUUACAGAUCUGACUGUGCAAGAGGAUCGAUGGAGAGAUGAGGUAGUCCUGCAGUCUAAACCAGUGAGCAAGCUUCUCAACUUGGGCCAUGUCUUCACUGUUCAUCCCCAGCAACUCCCAGAUUUUAUAGAAAGCACCAUGCUAACAGAGCUGCAGAACUAUGCAAGUAAGAAGUACAAGCACCUUCUCUCCAUCCCUACAAGGAUCCCACAAACACCAGACACCAUACAACAUGUCAGGCUGGCGAAGCUGCGACAGGACACACUAGUUCAUGCUCUUCUCAGAGUCAUUCACAGCUCUGUGCUUACAGAGAUGACGUACAAUUAUAAGGGGCAGUCCGUGCAGAAAGUGGUUCUGACAGUGGAACAAAGUGAUGGACAGCAAGGAGCACUUGUGUUAUGGGGUGCAGCAAGGACCUGGCUUCAAAGAAUUCAGAGGAAGAGAGACCUUGUCUGGGAUUUCAGGAUACUCAUGGUUCGAUGGGGAUCUCUGACAAGGAAUUUAGAGCUGCACACUACCCCCUGGUCAUCGUGUGAACCGCUCUUUCCAGAUGAUAAGCGCACACUGGAGUUCAGGAGCUGGGGCUGUCCACAGCAGUCUGCUAAAGAGAUGGACCUGUGCACACUGCUCUCUGAAAACUAUUCAGGGGAGGUGAAACUUCGUGCCCACAUUGCUUCCUUGUGCUUCCCAGGCCCAGAUGCAGGCAAUGUGAGACUGUUGGUAAACUUCGACACUGCCCGCUGGAUGACUGCAGACUCCUUGUCUAAUAUCACUUUUACUGGCUGUGGACGGUGUUGUGCAGAAUUAAUGGCCGACAGCAAUGGAAUUUACCGUCUUUGUUAUCCUUGUCUGCCAUUUACUGGUGUUAAGCAAUAUUACAGGCCAGCUGAGCUGUCAGUGACAGAUGGAGAAAGGAUGGUCUUGCUGCAGGUUCCAUCUUCUCUUGUACAGAAAAUCUUUCUAAAUAUUCCUCCAGAAAAACUGCUGACGGCAGUGGUGCCUUCAUCUACAGUGAAAUUUACCCAGGUGGUCGCAGAUGUGUGCCGCUCUCUCUUGUCAAAUCCUACUGAUACCUACAGCUUUACACUGAGGAGUCAUUUCCUACUGGAUAAUAAUGGCAUACCAAUUCAACAAAACUUUAUCCUGCUGGAUUUCCAUUGUGAAUGCUGGGUUCCCUGUGACCCGCGCUGGACGGGUCGGGCCGCAUCACACCGGACCGGACCUAACUGGACUGGAGUUGUGACGCGAGCAGUUGUCAGGAUGAUGGAUAGUUCUCCAUUUCCGAUGACUGAUGAGCAUUUACAUUAUAAUGAUAUUUCAUAUGGCCUUUUUUCCUCGUUUCCCAACAUGCCUAUUAAGACAGAGCCAUAUCUUGAGACUGCUAAUGGUCCCUACCUAGUAAUAGUUGAGGAGCCAAAACAGAGAGGAUUUCGCUUUCGCUAUGAAUGUGAGGGUCCCUCUCAUGGUGGGCUACCUGGGGCAUCCAGUGAAAAGAACAAGAAAACUUACCCAACAGUCAAGAUAUGUAACCACACUGGACUUGCCAUGGUGGAGGUUCAGCUGGUGACAAACUUUGAGCCACCACGUGUCCAUGCUCACAGCUUGGUUGGCAAACAGUGUAAUGAAAGUGGGGUUUGCCGAAUGAAAGUAGGACCUAAUGACCUAACUGCACAAUUUAAUAAUUUGGGAAUUCUUCAUGUUACCAAGAAAGGAGUACAUGAGGUCUUGAGAAGGAGGCUGAGAGAAGAGCGGCUACGGUGCAGAAGCAAAGAUAUGCCCCUCUCUGAGCGUGAGGAGCAGCAAAUUGUGGAGGAGGCACGGGAGCUGGGUAGGAUCAUGGAUCUAAAUGUAGUGAGGUUGAAGUUUACUGCAUACUUGCAGGACAGUGAGGGAAACUUUACUAGAGCCCUAAAGCCUGUCAUCUCUAACCCAAUCUAUGACAGCAAAUCUCCAAAUGCUUCAAACCUGAAAAUAUCACGCAUGGAUAAGACAGCUGGUUCUGCAUGUGGUGGGGAUGAGGUCUUCCUGCUGUGUGACAAAGUGCAGAAAGAUGACAUUGAAGUUCGGUUUUAUGAAGAUGACGAAGGAGGGUGGGAAGCUUAUGGGGACUUUGCACCUACUGAUGUGCACAAGCAGUAUGCAAUUGUGUUUAAGACCCCGCCAUAUCGUAAGACUGAGAUUGAGCGGCCUGUCACAGUAUUCCUGCAGCUUAAGCGGAAAAAGGGCGGUGACUGUAGUGAGCCGAAGCAGUUCACUUACCAUCCACAAAUCCAAGAUAAAGAAGAAGUACAGCGCAAAAAACAGAAAUCUCUGCCUCAUUAUCAGGAUCACUAUGGACGUGGACCAACCAUGGGAGGAUCAGGGGGUUCUGGAAGUGGUCCUGGGAAUUUUGGGUCUGGAGGAGGAGGUGGAGGAGGCACAGGUGGACCUUAUUUCCAAUACACUCAUGGCAUGCAAAGCUACUUCAACUCAAUGGGAAGUUACCCAGGAGGGGCACAGAUGUGUGGAUCAGCAGUCCAGAAAGAUGCUUCUGGAAACCAGUUAGAAAAUGGAAUGGCUCAUGGUGGACUGUCUCAGCAUCAACUUAUGCACCUAGCCUCACAGUUCAGUGCCAGGGCCAUGCAUGUGGCCAGACAGACCGGCCGUGCUCUGCUAGACUAUGCCACGACUGGAGAUGCUCGAAUGCUUCUUGCAGUGCAGAGGCAGCUAUGUGCAGUACAAGAUGAAAAUGGAGAUAGCCCACUGCACUUAGCAAUCAUUCAUCAGCAAGUCAGCGUAAUAGAGCAAUUGGUCCAGGUCAUUGUGAGCAUUCCUGGCCAACGUAUCUUGAACUUCACUAAUAAUCUUCUCCAGACUCCCCUGCAUCUUGCUGUGAUCACAAGACAGCACAAGGUGGUUGAAUUCCUCUUGAAGGCAGGUGCUGAUCCCACUCUUCUAGAUCGCUUUGGUAACUCAGUGCUCCACCUGGCAGCACCCAUGGGUGACGAGCAAAUGCUUUCCAUACUACUGAGUCAUCUAAAGCAUCAGAACGUAAACCUUUUGAACUCCCCAGACUACAGUGGACUUUACCCCAUUCAUCUGGCAGUCAGAAAAGGUGGUGAGAAAUGUCUGCGCCUGCUGUUGGAAUAUGGAGCAAAUGUGGAUGCCAUGGAACGUAAGAGUGGCUGCACUGCACUGCAUCUUGCUGUGCAAAAGAACUUGCUCAGUGCGGCUUGUUCACUUGCUACAGAGUUCAAAGCUGAUGUAAACAUUUGUAAUUUUGGAGGAAAUACACCCCUUCAUCUGGCAGCCAGUCUAGGCUCACCAACUUUCUGUUCAAUGCUUAUUGCUGCAGGAGCUGAAAAGCACUUAGAAAACGAUGAGCCAAUCUCAUUAUCUUCAUCCUCGGAUGAGGAUGAGGAGGAAGCAGACAUGUCAGGGGAAAACAUGCUUGAAACAAAGCAGAAAGAAUUAGAGGCUAGAAUAGAUGAGAUGCAGAUCUCCGAGCGACAAAACACCAAAGCUAGUUCAAACCCUCGUAAACGACCUUUCAGAGGGCACACCCCUUAUGAUCUUGCCAAAACCAAGAAGGUCCGUGACAUUCUGGCAGGAACGAAAACUCAACCUAUGCAACGGUUGAAACAAACGGAGCAUCCAGAGACAGGCAAACAUGCUGCACUUGAUAGUCAGACAUUGUCUGAACUCUGUAGGAUCCUCACCAAAGACAACGUUUCCUUGAAGCAGCUGGCAGAGAAGUUAGGUAUGCUGACAUUAGCAGACCUCUAUAAAGAAUGCCCGACUCCCUGUAAGAGCCUGCUGGAAAGCUUUCAGUUUGCAGGAGGUCAAGUUGAAGUACUGGUCGUGGCCCUAGAAUCUUUAGGCCUCAACGAAGGAGCCAGGUUACUGAGACAAGCAGAACAGAAAAAUACGCAGUCCAACACAGAUAUGACAGUAGACAGUGGCUAUGGCAGUCAGUCAAUAGGAGAACCAGACAAGCCAAAGAUAAAUGAAUCCAAUUGGGACACUCCAGAUCAGAAUGAAACUCUGGUAUUCAAUUCUUGAUCCUAAUGCGUAAAGGACAAACACCCGCUACAUUCAUUCUAGUCAAGAUGGAGCCAUCAUCAGCAGUCCAGUGCUAUCAUCACAGCUCCUGCUAUUCUGGUUAGAUUGUUGGCAUCCAAGAGAAUUUAUCCUCCAGGUAGACCACAACCUGUUGCUAAAAGGAGAAAAUGAAGAUUCUCUGCAGUGAUAUCUGGAGAUGCUCUUUCACAUCUUCAGACAGGUGUGAAGACUCCUGGGAUGUGAGACCCCAGUGUAUCGUCCAGAGUGCCUUAUCACUUCCUUGUGUGCUUCAGCAGUGUAAACAGCUCCCAUUGCAAAAGUGAACAUUGCAUGAUAUCGAAUCUUUAUAGAUGUGGAGGUUGUAGGCUGUAGAUGUGCUAGGCUCACUAUCGAGGUCCCGCCAUGAUUUAAUGAUGGAGUUCUUCGUCGCCAUCCAACAUGGACAACAUUCCUGUAAAACCUUUUAAAACAAGGGGAUUAUUUGGAGCUUCAGAAUGGCUUAACUUUACAGAGAGGAUUGUGGGUAGAUUAUUGGGGCUGGGGGUGCGGGUGCAACGUCAGCUUGAUUUGGAAAAGCUCUUUGGACAUAUUCCUGGGGGGUUAUUACUAUACAUUUUGGGGAUACUGUUACUGGACAGACUGUAACAGACAUUGGUCAUUCAACAGGGUUGCACUUUUUCUUUUCUUCUCCUCCAGUUGUGUUUGUCACCUGUCAUUAGUCACCUGUGUACUCUUCUGAAAGCUGAGACCCCCUAUAGAUAAUUUUAACCUUGGAUUGUAAAUAGUAUAUUUUACUACAGUUUGAUUGUGUGCAGUUAAAAUAAGAACAUACUUUUUAAAAUUUAGAUUCUCAUUGUGUUUUAAUAAAGAUCUUCUAAUUAUUUCUUAA